CCCUCCGCACCCGCCUCGCCGCGCUGCCGGCGCACUCGCAGCCGGCGGGGACCCAGAGGCGGAGGCGGGGCGGCCCAGGGUCCGAGUGCCGGAGCCGAGCCGGCCCCGGGGCCGAAGUUUGGCUGCGGCUCGGUGAGGACGAACGGGCGCCCCCAACGGCUUCCAGCCCCCUCUCGCACCCUAGUCCUGGACCCGCGGGCUCCGGGGGGACGGGAGCCGCGGCCGAGCCAACUCCGAGGCAGGAUCGCCGCGCCGGGAACUUGAGGCCCGAGAGGGAUGUAAAGGUCCAAAAUGACCCUGCUACCUGGAGACAACUCGGAUUACGACUACAGCGCCCUGAGCUGCACCUCGGAUGCCUCCUUCCACCCGGCCUUCUUCCCGCAAAGCCAGGCGCUCAAGGGCGUGUUCUACCGCCGGGCACAGAGGCUGCGCCCACAGGACACUCCGCGCCCUGGCACCCCUGGCCCUGGGGACCGCCGGCGGCAGAUCAUCAUCAACGUGGGCGGCAUCAAGUACUCGCUGCCCUGGACCACGCUAGACGAGUUCCCCAUGACGCGGCUGGGCCAGCUCAAGGCCUGCACCAACUUCGACGACAUCCUCAACGUGUGUGAUGACUACGAUGUGAGCUGCAACGAGUUCUUCUUCGACCGCAACCCCGGGGCCUUCGGCACUAUCCUUACCUUCCUGCGCGCAGGAAAGCUGCGGCUGCUGCGCGAGAUGUGCGCGCUGUCGUUCCAGGAGGAGCUGCUCUACUGGGGCAUCGCGGAGGACCACCUCGAUGGCUGCUGCAAGCGCCGCUACCUGCAGAAGAUCGAGGAGUUCGCCGAGAUGGUGGAGCGCGAGGAUGAGGAAGACCUGCUGGACAGCGAGGCCCGCGACAGCGAGGGCCCCACCGCGACUGCCGGUGAGGGCCGCCUGGGCCGCUGCAUGCGGAGACUGCGCGACAUGGUGGAGAGGCCACACUCGGGGCUGCCGGGCAAGGUGUUUGCCUGCCUGUCGGUGCUCUUCGUCACCGUCACCGCGGUCAACCUCUCGGUCAGCACCUUGCCCAGCCUGAGGGAGGAGGAGGAGCAGGGCCAGUGUUCCCAGAUGUGCUACAAUGUCUUCAUUGUGGAGUCGGUGUGCGUGGGCUGGUUUUCCCUGGAGUUCCUCCUGCGCUUUACCCAGGCACCAAGCAAGUUCGCCUUUCUGCGGAGUCCGCUGACGCUCAUCGACCUGGUGGCCAUCCUGCCCUACUACGUCACCCUGCUGGUGGACGGCGCAGCCUCAGGCCGCCGCAAGCCUGGCUCAGGCAACAGCUACCUGGACAAGGUGGGGCUGGUGCUGCGCGUGCUGCGGGCACUGCGCAUCCUCUAUGUGAUGCGCCUGGCCCGCCACUCGCUGGGGCUGCAGACGCUGGGGCUCACGGCUCGCCGGUGCACCCGCGAGUUCGGCCUGCUGCUGCUCUUCUUGUGCGUGGCCAUCGCCCUCUUCGCCCCACUCCUCUACGUCAUCGAGAACGAGAUGGCAGACAGCCCCGAGUUCACCAGCAUUCCUGCCUGCUACUGGUGGGCCGUCAUCACCAUGACGACUGUGGGCUAUGGAGACAUGGUGCCCCGGAGCACCCCCGGCCAGGUGGUGGCGCUGAGCAGCAUCCUCAGCGGCAUCCUGCUCAUGGCCUUCCCCGUCACCUCCAUCUUCCACACCUUCUCCCGCUCCUACCUGGAGCUUAAGCAGGAGCAGGAGCGGGUGAUGUUCCGCAGAGCCCAGUUCCUGAUCAAAACCAAGUCGCAGCUGAGCGGCAUAUCCCAGGACAGUGACAUCUUGUUUGGAAGUGCCUCCUCGGACACCAGAGACAACAGCUGAACCCAAAGGACGCCCCCACCCUGCCUGCCAUCCGCAGCUUGACGCUACUGCCAUCUGCCAUGGGAGACUCCAAAGGGACAAGCUGCUUCUGAGCACGGCCCUGAGCCACCCCAGGAGGGACAUCUGCCGCACCAUCACGGAGGUCCAGAAGGGAAAGGCUAGCUGGGCCGGUGCUGGCCAGUCUCUGCAGCUUUUCUUACCCCCCCCCCCAGCCCCAUGUCCAUCCUGCCCAGUAAGGCGAGGGCUCAUGCUGCUGGUGUGUAAAUAGUCAUCCACGGGAGCCGGCCUGAUGGAGCUGCUUGGAGAGAAAUACAAGCGCCUGUCUGUCUUUUGGAUGGCUCACGUUCUGGAGAAGCGGGGGCAGGUGAAGGAGGAAGAGAAACACCUUCCAUGCACGGGAACUCUUAAGAGAGCCGCGGAGGGUUUGUUGCUCUUAGGUUGGAAGAAGAGCGCAACAACAGACCUUUAAGAAACUGCCAGUAAAUUACGCUUUCCCUCUCUUUCAUCUCCUUCAUUCUCUGGGUUUUUCCCUCUUCCCUGUCAGCCUUUUUCCUUCUUUCCUGUCCUCUGUUCUCCCUUACAUCCCAAGGCCUGUUUCUCACAGCUUUGCCCAAGGCACCCUGGGGAGUUGGGUGGACGCCAAAGAGCCCCUCAGCAGUGCUAACUUCAACGAUAAAACCACUUCAUUAUAUCUCU